AUGCUCUUCGUACUGGCGUUCCUUGUAGUCGUGAUGCUGAUAGCAUGGUUCAUAGUUACAUCUUCGUUUGGGAGGGUGCUGACCGCUAUCAGGGAGGAUGAGGAGGCAAUAGAGGUGUUUGGCUACCAAGCGACACACUACAAGCUGGCGAUAUGGGUAAUAUCCGCCAUGAUUGCGGGACUUGCAGGCGGGCUGUUCGCCAGCUGGACGAGUUUUAUCGACCCGUUCUCGUUCAUUCUGCUGGAGUCUAUUUUGCUCGUUUCGAUCGUCAUUCUGGGCGGGCUUGCGACAAUCUGGGGAUCGCUGCUCGGCGCGAUGACAUUUGUGCUGCUUGAAGAGGGCAUGCGCUUUUUGCCGUUCCUGCCGACCGAGUUCAUCGGGCAGGCGCGGCAGGUUGUGCUUGGCAUACUGCUUGUGCUGUUGAUGCUGUUCAGACCGCAGGAACAGUUUGCGCUUGAGACAUCGGAAAUCUCGAAGCACUUUGGCGCGGUCAAGGCCGUGGAUGAACUGUCAAUCUCCAUUCCACGCAAGGGAAUGACAAGCAUUGUGGGCCCCAACGGUUCUGGCAAGUCAACCCUGAUAAACCUGCUGAGCGGCACACUGCCUCUGGACGGAGGGCUGGUAAUCGUAAACGGGGUGGGGCUGCAGGUGGUGAAGGCGCACGAGACCCCGGCGUAUGGCAUAACACGCACUUUCCAGGAAGUGAGGCUGUUCGACCAGAUAACCGUGUGGGACAACAUCCUGGUGGUGCUUACCAACCGACGCGUGUUUCCCGCGCUGAUGGAGCGGUCUAAGCAGAGCCACCGAGAUAAGGCGAGAAGCAUUCUUGAGAGCGUGGGAAUGUGGGAAAAGCGCGACUCGCUGGCGAUGGAGCUUUCGUACGGGCAGCGGAAAUUGCUGGAGAUAGGGCGCGCGCUGGCGCUGGAUGUGAACAUUUACCUGUUCGACGAGCCAUUCGCCGGACUGUUUCCGCAGAUGCUGGAGAUAAUCAAGGACAUUAUGAAGCGGGUUCGAGACGAGGGACGCACCGUCAUAUUUGUUUCGCACAAUAUGGACAUCGUGCGCGAGUUGUCCGACCACCUAAUCGUGCUCGACAGCGGCAGGCUGCUCGCGGAGGGGGAUGUGGAGGAUGUGCUGACGCGCGAAGAGGUUAUAGAGGCUUAUCUGGGGACAUAG